UAGCGGUAUCGCCAUAUUGGUUUGCAUGUUAAGAUUACUUCCGACACGGUUGCACAGAUCAAUUGCUCAAGAAAUAAUUUAUCAUUAUGUCAAGAAAUGCACCCAUGAGAGACUGGAGUUUAGAUUGCAAGGUCUAUGUUGGUGACUUAGGAUAUGGCUGUGCAAAACAAGAGCUGGAAGAGAAAUUUUCAAAAUAUGGCCAGUUGAGAAAUGUAUGGGUAGCUCGCAAACCCCCUGGAUUCGCUUUUGUUGAGUUUGAAGAUAGUCGAGAUGCAGAAGAUGCUGUUCGAGCUUUAGAUGGAUCAAAAAUAAAUGGUAGGCGCGUACGAGUAGAGAUGUCAUCAGGUCGAUCCAGGUGGGGUAAUAGAGGAGGGCCUCCCCGUAGUGGAAGUAGACAGCAAAAUGACAACUACCGUGCAAGUGGUGGGAGCACUGGAGGCAAGAGAUCCAGGUCUUUCUCACCUCGCAGACGAUCUAGGAGCCGAAGUGCUUCAGGGUCACCUCGCAGGAGAAGUCGCAGCAGGAGUUAAAGAUCUAUCUAGUAGGAGGCAAACCAGGGCUUUAUUUUAAAACAAGGUGAUUACAUUGAGAUUUUAGAAUAGGAGUGUGUACAUUGUGAUGGUACCAAGAUUAGUUUCUUCUGUUAAAUAGCAUAUUUUUACAAAACAAAACACAUUCUAUGCUUUUCAAUUGAUGAAUAAUAUGAUCAAUAGUAUACAAUUUAGAUGUCUCAAAGGGCAUUAAAUUGUUUGCCAUUUGCUUGGCACAAUUUUUAAGCUGUUAUUUUAUAAUGUGUCCUGCACUAUUCUGCAGACAAUAUUUGUCUGUUUAUUGUAUGCUGAUUUUGUUCACAAUCUCCUAUAGUAUCAUUGUCAUUCUUUUUUUUUUUUUUAUUUGUUUUGUUUUUAAAAUUAAACUCAUUUAGACCUAUUAGGCAACAAGCCUGUUUAAGAUUUUGUCGGAAUUUCAGUCAGCAGUACUUACAUUUUUUUAUUUAAAAAAAAUUUAUUUGGUUUUCUUUUUGUGGUUUAUAGACCUAAACCCAAAGCUAGAAUACUUUUAAAAAAGAUCUAUCUAGUGUAUCAUGACCUAGCCAUGCAACCACUAUUAAUAAAUACAUAUUUAGGAUAAACUGUAUGAAGGCCUUCAUUAGCCAGUCAAAAACAUUAAGUAAAAGCAACAACAAAAAAUUGAAAGUAGUUAAUUUUUUUUUUAAGUCAGCAAUACACCUGAAUAAGAGCUUUAAAAAAAAAUGUUUAAUUUAAUAAAAAAAAAUGUUUAAGCACUAAUUUGAGGCUUAGUUCACGAUCUCCACACCUUAAUGAAAUAACUGCAGCCUAAAUAGUAAUGGACUAAUUGUAUUAAUUUGCUAAAAGUAUUCAAUUCAUGUACAUGAUGUGUGUGAAGGUGAAGUAGCUUACCUGCAUUGAAAUUUGUUUUCUCGCUAGUCUCCAUUCUUUAUAAGUUAGUCAGUAAGUAAAUGUAUAUUCAAAAUAAUCAUUUUAAUUGACUCACAACAUUUUCAUUUUAUAUAGUGUGUCCAAUGAAGUGAAAUUAAUAUGUAAAUAUUUCAACAUUGAACUGAAUUUGUAUGUAAAAUUUAAAAAUGUUUUCGAACAUUUUUUUUUUCAAUACCUACAAUCAAAUUAUAUUUUAUGACUCUUAAAAUCUGCAUUAUUUCUUCUCAUCUUACAAAGGCUUUUUAUAAUUUGUUGAUGUUAUGUAUAGUAUUAAAGCAUAAGAUUUAUACUUUUUUUUUACAGUGAGGGGUUGGUAUCAGUUUUAACAAGAUAAUUUUUAUUUAUGUAUGAUAACAUCCUAAUAUUCUAAUAGUCAUUGUUACAAUUAAAAUAAAAUUUAACAACUUUGUUUUUAGAGGGUUAAGAACAAGGGGGAAAAUGGUACAGUACCUGGUAACUAACUAUAGUAAGUUUGACUUUUAACUUGAAAAUAUUUCCACUGGUAUUUAUUGUGCUUUCAGGUUAAAAUGUUUCAUUUUGUGUUGCUUACAGUCAAAUAACAUUAAUGUAAUAUUUAUGUUGUGAAAUCAAAAUAAAAUGGCUAAAAUUA